AUGAAAUGCAGAGCAGCCAUUUUUUCUGCUGUGGUUGCUGUUUAUGCAUUGCAAAUUUCGUUUCUUUUGCAGAGUCUUCAGGAUAAGAUCAACCGGCAGUCAGAUGAAUUAUGCGAAGCUCGGGCACAACUUCACGGUUAUACUGGUCGAAUCACUUUUUCAUUAGAUAACACUUCGGAUGCUGACAUUAUCAGGCUGGAAGCGCUGAAGAAAAAAAACGUUGAGCAUUCCUCGUUGCUUGAAGUGUUUAAUGUUCCCGAAUUCACCAGAAUAAUAGUUUGCGACCUGAAACCAAGGCUUGCACGGUUGCUGACACCCUGCUUGCCAGCUUAUCUUCUGUUGGCAGCAUUUCGGUACUACGAUCAUGCAAACGACGAAGCAGGCCUUACCGGCCUAUUCACGGCCGUUCACGUGGUGCUCAAAGACACAGUGGCAGUAAGUUAUACAUUUAUCGGAUUAUUUUUCCUGCGAUAUUUUUUUAAGCAUUCGAGCGACAUGGAUGUGUUAGCACUAUGGCUGGAAUGGAGUGCUGCUAAUACAGAGAAGCAAAACAGCCAACGAAUGCAGAGCUUCGAUUUGGGCCCUUUGCGUGAUCAACUUCGCGCGCGAGUCGAGGAAUCAUUCCAGAAUCUUUUGAAGCGUGCUAUCGAACCUGUACUAUCACCUAAAAUUGUUCCCGGUAUACUGCAGCAUGAAUCAAGUCAUGAGCUGAUGGCAGGCGGUAUUGGGGAUGGCAAUGGCGGACGACAAUCGGCGAAGGAGCAAAGUUCGCAGCGUGCUCUGGAUGAUUUAAUUGAACUGCUCAACUUCAUUCACACAAAACUAAAAGUGUAUGGUGCGGAUGCGGUACUCCUUGGGCAAGUGUUUGGGCAGAUGACUUAUUGGAUCUGUGCGCUGGCGCUUAAUCACCUGAUGUUUCGCAAGGAGUUGUGCAAUUUUGAGAAAGCUAUUCAAAUUAAGUAAGA